AUGUCUUCUCCAGCACCGAAAUCACCCGAAAUGUCGGACAAAAGCCGCAAAUAUGACAGGCAAAUAAGACUUUGGGGUGAGCAUGGUCAAACGGUGCUGGAAAAUGCACAAAUCUGUCUCAUCAAUGCAACGGCCCUGGGGACCGAGAUACUGAAGGGCAUUGUGCUGCCCGGCAUCGGAGGUUUUACGAUUGUGGACAACCGGUCCGUCAGCGAGGAAGAUGUUGGGUGCAAUUUUUUUCUCGAUCUGGAUUCUGUUGGCGAGCCGAGAGCGAAACGGUGUAUGCAACUGCUGCAGGAGCUGAACCCUGAUGUGAACGGAGAUUACGUCGAUGUGCAUAUUGAUCAGCUUAUCGAUGGACAGCCGGAUUUUUUCCGCAGCUUUGACGUGGUGGUUGCUACGUCCACAUGCGAGCGAACGAUUGUGCGUCUGUCGAAUGUGCUGUGGGAACAGAACAUUCCGUUAAUUGUGGCACGGUCGGUAGGAUUUUAUGGUGUGGCUAGGCUGCAGUUGCGCGAACAUUGCAUCAUCGAAACGCAUCCGGACAACAAACAGACGGACCUCCGGUUAGAGCAUCCAUUCGAGGAGCUGAAGAAACACAUGGCGGAAACGGAAAUCACGAACAAAGUGCCAUGGUUGAUUGUGCUGUACAAAUUUCUGCAAGAAUGGGUCUCCACACACGAGGGGCGCUAUCCUACGACGUUUAGUGAAAAGUCGGAACUGCGGGAACUGAUUCGUUCGAAGAUGGACGGAGAGCAGGAGAAUUUCGAGGAAGCUAUUAAGGCAGUCUUUUCUAGCUUUGGAGGCGCAAAACCAUCGUCCUCGGUGCAGGAGAUACUGGAGGAUGAUCGAUGUGUGAAUGUGAAUACUGAAAGCAACGCAUUCUGGAUAAUGGCACGCGCACUGAAAGAUUUUGUAGACAAUGAAGGAAAUGGUUUGCUACCGGUUGCCGGUGUUCUACCGGACAUGACUGCCGAUACGAACUCAUACAUUAGCCUGCAAACCGUUUACCGCAAUCAGGCAGCACACGAUGCCGAGAUUGUGUUUCGCCGCUCGCGCCAACUCCUAAAGGAGCUGAACAAACCGAACGAUCUCAUCACCGACAAAGACGUACGAUUGUUUUGUCGUGAAGCGGCCAACAUUGGUGUCGUACGCGGUACAAAAAUUACGGACGAGUUCGAUAAAGGUUACCAUCGUUCGUCACACAUUGCCAGCGUAUUAGAAACACCCAAUUCGCUCAUGGGCCAUUACAUCGUGUUGCGUGCGUUGGAUCGAUUUCAAGCCGAUUACGGAUGUCUGCCUGGUGAAUGUGAGGCCGAAUCGGACACGUCCGGCAUGAAGAGUAUUGCCGCAAAGAUGCUAAGUGAGUGGGGCAUCGGGACACCGCUGAGCGAUGAUCUGUCGUACGAGAUAUGUCGUUAUGGUGGGGCAGAGAUACACAGCAUCUCGGCUUACCUGGGAGGAUGCAUCGCACAUGAGCUGAUAAAGCUAGUGACAAGACAGUAUCGACCGUUCGAUAAUACGUUCAUCUACGAUGGUUCCACGUCGCAGACGGAAACCUUUAAACUGUAAUUCGUUAGCAUGAGUUACGCAUCAUUCGACAAUAAUGCCACCACGGGCAACUCGAACAUUACCAGCGAGGCAGACUUUCAGAAAACGGCUCAAAUUGUGGUGGCCAGCAUCCAGAAGAUCCUGCAAAAUGUUUCGUCAAUGCAACGUAUGGUCAACCAGUUCGGUACGGCACAGGAUUCGCCCGAGCUCAAACAACAGCUCCAUCAAAUACGAUCCUAUACACAGCAGUUGAUAAACGACACGACAAACCAGCUAAAUGAUUUGGUAAACUGCAAAGAGCGCCAUCUGAAGAUUCAGCGCGACCGGCUGGUGGACGAAUUUUCCAGCGCCCUGAACGCAUUCCAGGCGGUACAGCGAAAAACGGUCGAUCUGGAGAAGAAUGCCAUCCGACAGGCAAGGCAAGCGAGUGGGGCAGCAACGACCCUAAACAAACCGCCCGGCGGUUCGCAUCAUUCGAGCAUGGGUUCGAACUACAAUAAUAACCACAGCUCGAACAGCGGUGGCGGUGGAUCUAUGUUUGAGGAUAAUUUCAUUACUGGGUCGAGGGGCCAGACGCAGGAACAGCUGCAGGAGGAAAUCGAUUUGCAGGCGCUCGAGGACCAGGAACGAACGAUCCGUGAGCUGGAGGAAAAUAUUGUUAGUGUAAAUGAAAUUUACAAAAAGCUCGGUGCACUGGUGUACGAACAAAGCCACCAGGUGGAUUCGAUUGAAGCGUCGGUCGAGCAGACGAGUGUCUUUGUGUCGGAGGGCGUGCAGCAGCUUAAACAGGCCAGUCAUUAUCAGAACAAAGCACGCAAGAAGAAGCUCAUCCUGGCGCUGAUAGCAGCCGCAAUACUAGCGUUCAUAAUUCUCAUCAUUGUUCUGAAGCAUUAG